GGUGCCGGGACACUGACGAGCUGUCUCACCGACGUCACCCUUCUUGAAAACUGACCUUAAACACUGCCAGGGUCUCUGUUGGUUAUAGUUCAACUGGAAGAUAAAUGGUAUGCGCGAGGCGUUGGGAAACUGGACUUUAGCAUUUAGAACUGCGAGAGGAUCCAGACGGGCGGCCAUGGGCAGCGGUGCAAGCCGCGGGAAGAAGGUGGCACCUGCGCGUGUCAGCGGGGUGAACGUGACCAAAACCACGGUCGGUGUCACUUCCUCCAAACAGGAAUGCCGUUCAUUCAAGCCCCUCGAAGUCGGCGCAAUUCUGCGCAACGCGCGCAACCGUGCGCAACCGGACCCCCACAGGGAUGGACACGACUCUGACUUCUCGAAGGGGGACGAUGAGGACGCUGGAGGGAUGGACACCUUCCUCACAGACUGCGAGGAUCGAGAGAGAUCCACGGUGAAGACAAACCAUCCGAAGAAGACGGUCAGCAGAUCCAAAACGUACGGACUGUGCCACUUCGGUCAGAUGGGGGAGGAGGAGGAGGAGGAGGAGGAGGAGGAGGAGGUCAGCUCGACUCCUCGGAUACGAACCGAGGAGGCAAGUGGCCCACUUGGUGCCUCAAGGGAUGUAAACGAGAGGAGCAGAGAUGCUUUCACACCCAAUGGCUUUUUGACAAGUGGAGCUUUGGUGGAAGUUGUUCCCGCCUCAGAAAAACAAUCGACGUUUGGCAACUGCCAUAGCUCCUCUCUCCCCAUGCCAACGUAUGAUGGAUCAGAAGAAGAGCUGAUGGACACUAUUGAGAAGGAGUUUAGUUGACCCCAGGCUGAGAGCACUGCCGCAACAACGAAAAGUAGGGUUUCUUUUGAGUAGGGUUCCUUUUGACAAAUUCCUGCCGCUAAGGAAGGCUACAUGAAUAGUAUUUAACUUAAGCUGCUGUGAACGAAUCCCUGCAUUCACCCAGGAUCUUAUUUACCAACAUCUAGCAGUGUAACUGUAUAGAGUUAUAACACCAGUAGGUUGUCCUCACAGACCACGUCGGACAGAAGCCUCCUUGGUUUGUUAUCAGCACAGGUAUGGUGUUACUGUCACACACACAACCCACACGCACACACACACACACCCCACAGUGUCGGCCCCCCGCAGAGAACACAGCUACUUACUGUAUUUGUUACCUAUUACUUACUUCACUUUAACAUGUCUGGUAAUCAGUUAAGGAGAGAGAACAGUAUCUCCACUGUCUCUAAAACUCAGUCAACACAUUCUUGGGGCCCUACUAUUAGCAGAAAUAACAUUCUCCACCACCGGAAUUCAGCAUAAUGCAUUUAGGGUAUAUUUUCCCCAAACUCUACAAAAGUAUGAGCUGUGGUUGUUCAUUUAAGGUUUCAUUACCUUGAUUCCUGUACUUUUCCAUUCUUAUGAAGAAGGAAUGUGUGACAACAGAGACUCUCAGUCAGGCCCAGGUUGAACCCAGCUGCGUUUCAGCCACAUUCAAACAUGGAGGCCUCCUGCCACCUGGUGGUGGAACAUGGAGCUCACCGGGUUUCACGCAUUCGUUACUGCAGAAAUGCAGAAGAAGAUUUUUGUAAUAUCGUUUUAUAUUGCAAAUAAACAAAUAGUAUUGCUGUAUUUUUGA